AUGGCAACCCACUCUAUGUCAUGUCGUGUUCCACCGUGGAUUCAUGGCUUACUCUACUUGUUCGUGGAGGCGGGCAACAACAGUGGAAUGUUGGGAGUGUCAAUCGACACCGGCAGCAUAUGCUGUGAGGCGCGAAGACAUGCCCUCGUUCAGUCUGACAAUGUUAUCGUCGAGCAAGAUGCCCACGGAUCCAGAACCACCUUCAAGAACGACAACGCCGCCGCGUCACAGACCGGUUUCUGUUGGGGGGCCAGCGCCAAACGUCACGUCUGUCGUCUGACCUUCUCCACCCUCACGUCGCCGCGUGACGAUGCAGAAGUCGACUGUCGGGUGCACCCGGCAGUACGCUACUGUGCGUCCACACUGA